CCCACCUCCCACAGAGUUGAAAUACCUUUGCCCUGGCCUGUCUCUGCAAAGCUUGUCUCCUCGUAUUCUCCAUUCCAGAGACCUUGCCAGAGACCGGGCCUUGGGUGGGGAGCAGUCAUGUCCACUUCCUCCGUGGGCUGCGCUGGGUUUGAAAGGAGAAGCUCCCAGGGAACCAGUUACAUUGGUGAUCACACUAACCAGAAUGGUGCAAUAUCCCUGAUUUUCUCUCUCAAAGAAGAGGUUGGAGCUCUGGCCAAAGUCUUGCGCCUAUUUGAGGAGAAUGAUAUAAAUCUGACUCAUAUUGAAUCCAGACCCUCUCUUCUAAACAAAGAUGAAUAUGAGUUCUUCACCAACCUGGAUAAUCGGAGUUUUCCUGCUCUUGAUGACCUGAUCAAGAGCUUAAGACAUGAUAUUGGUGCCACUGUGCACGAGCUUUCCCGGGACAAGAAAAAAGACACAGUGCCAUGGUUUCCAAGAACAAUCCAAGAGCUCGAUAGAUUUGCCAACCAGAUUCUUAGCUAUGGGGCAGAACUGGAUGCAGAUCACCCAGGUUUUAAAGAUCCUGUUUACCGGGCCAGGCGGAAACAAUUUGCUGACAUUGCCUACAACUACAGACAUGGACAACCCAUCCCAAGAGUAGAGUACACUGAGGAAGAGAAGAAAACAUGGGGCAUGGUGUUCAAGACCCUGAAGUCUUUAUAUAAAACUCAUGCCUGCUAUGAACACAACCACAUCUUCCCUCUUCUGGAAAAAUAUUGUGGUUUCCAAGAAGACAACAUUCCACAGCUGGAGGAUGUUUCUCAGUUUCUACAAAGCUGUACUGGAUUUCGCCUCCGACCCGUGGCUGGCCUUCUUUCCUCUAGGGACUUCCUGGGCGGCCUGGCAUUCAGGGUAUUCCACUGCACACAGUACAUCAGACAUGGAUCUAAGCCGAUGUACACACCAGAACCUGAUAUCUGCCAUGAGCUGUUAGGGCAUGUUCCAUUGUUUUCUGAUCGAAGUUUUGCUCAAUUUUCCCAGGAAAUUGGCCUGGCUUCUUUGGGUGCCCCUGAUGAAUACAUUGAGAAACUUGCAACGAUCUAUUGGUUUACGGUGGAGUUUGGACUCUGCAAACAAGGCAAUUCCAUAAAAGCAUAUGGUGCUGGGCUCUUGUCUUCAUUUGGAGAAUUACAGUACUGUUUGUCUGACAAACCUAAGCUUCUGCCCCUGGAGCUAGAAACAACGGCAGUCCAAGAGUACCCUGUCACCGAAUUCCAGCCUGUCUAUUUUGUAGCUGAAAGCUUCAGUGAUGCCAAAGAGAAAGUGAGGGCUUUUGCCUCAACAAUUCCUCGACCCUUUUCAGUGCGUUAUGACCCAUAUACCCAAAGGAUCGAGGUUCUGGAUAACACUAAACAGCUCAAAAUUUUGGCUGACUCCAUCAGCUGUGAAUUUGGAAUACUUUGCAGUGCUCUUCAGAAAAUAAAAUGAAGAUAUGCACCAGAUUUUGGAGUAUCAACUUGUUGACUAUGUGCAUGGAAAUCAGAAUAUUCUUUAAUGAUGCUAUCUAAAACAUCAUAAUUGUCAGUUUUAUAAGUAGUCAAAAACUAAACAUUUUUCAUUUAAUUUUAAAUGACUAUAUAUUAGCUCACACAUAGUUCUAUCUUAUUGGCCUUUCUUGAAUCCUUCUGAUCAUUCAUUUUUUAUCCUGUCUAGUUUUGACUUAUGAUCUCCCAUACUAAAAGUAAGGUUAAUAUAAAUUUUGGAUAAAUAUUAUUUAAAGUUGCAAAGAGUGAAAGAUCUUGUUAAGAAAUGCCCAGGAUAAAAUUCCACCUCUCAUAUUCAAUAGUUGUGCAAGCUUGGAGAAGUCACUUCUCCCUCCUCACCUUUUGGCUUUGGUUUAUCUGAUCUUUUACAUGAGGGAUAUGUUUAAUGUAAUUUGAUUCAGAAUGAUUUCAUUAAGCAUCUACCAUUUUCCAGGUGUUGGAGAUAAAAUGCAAACAAAACAGUCCUUUCCCUCAAGAAGCUUACAAUUUAAUGGGGGUGGGAGGGGAGUCAUAACAUAGGGAAGAGAUACUGAUUCUGUGAUUUCUGUAAAGAGAAAUCUCAGAUGAGAAAAUGUCCUUUAUCAAUUCAGGCAAGCAUCUUUCCUGAAAUUUAUUGUCUAAGGACCAAAAGGAUAAGUGAUUUGAAAGAGAUAAAUAAAUACAAAAUAUAUGCUGGAUUUUAGAGAGAGGGAAGAACAUUAAAAAUGGGGUUGAGGGAAUCAGGAAUAUUUAGUUCCUCAAAUCCUAAAUUUAGAAAUGUUAGGGACCUUAGAGGUCAUGUCAUCUAAUCUGCUCAUUUUUACAGAUGAAGAAACUAAAUCCCAUAAAGAUCAAGUUUGUUGUCUAAGGUUGCAAAGGUGUUAGUGGCAGAAUAUGGAUUUGAAUCUAGGUCCUCUGAUGCCAGAAUCUGUUGUCUUACCGAUUUACUAUACUGUCUCUCUAUUAUUGAACUUCAUAGUGUUAUUUCAUGGAUCAGUUGGCAAAAGCUAUCUGAAGUCCUUGGCAAAACUUAAAUACCACGUAAAGACCAACUCCUAUUAUUAGUUUGUCACCUGAUAAUGAAUUCCUGAAAGAUCUGUCCUACUGUGCUGUGAAGAACACACACACACACACAUAGCAGACAUAUAUGAAUAUGCAUAUGAAUAUAUCCAUGAGAAUCAAACUUCCUGGCUCUGCAUUAAAUUCUAACUGGUACAUUUUCCUACUUGAAUAAACCACAUUUCAAAAUCAUGCUUCCUUUACUCCAGAAGACAAUGAAGAUACAUUCAAUAAAUGAUAUUACAUAGAGUACCCUGAAAUAGCCUCACUCUCAUUUUGUUGUCCUAUCAUCUAUUCUCCUCUGGAAAAUAGUGAGACCUUAACGUCAUCUAGUAUGAUUUUCCUACAAGAAAUCAACAUUCUUAGGACACUUCUGGUUUAAGUUAAAUGUAAUUUUGUCCUAGACGAAUUAUGACUUGUAAUGGGUGUGAGAUAAAGCAGCUGGGCUUUUUCCCCCUGUCUGAUUUCCCUAGUGGUGGCAGCCAAGGCAUAGUUUCACCUUUGCUCAAUAUUGUAAUGGUUUGGUUCUAUUUCACAUAAAAAGUCUUGAUUCAAACAUGUACACAGAUCAGCAAACAGUUGCUUUCAUCAUACUGAUAGAGCCUAAAGUGACUCAGAACUCUUUAGCCUACAAUUGCCUUUAUUAAAUAUCAUUAUAUCCUAUAUAGAAGUGAGAUGUCCGUGCUCCUACCCAUUUUCCCAUUUCCCUUCACUCUUUUUGUGUAGACUUGUGAACCUGGCAUUGGUUCUAGAGGCGAAAUUUAAGUUUAUCUCCUAAACAUAUAAUUUCCUAAAUUUAUCUUCCAACUUUCAGUGCUAGAAAGGAUCUGAGAGUUAAUUCCUUCCAUUCCUUCAUUAGAUGCAUGAGUCCUUUUUACAACAUUUUUUCAGUACUUAAUCAAGACCAUAUAAGUACAUUGGGAAUCAAUGCCUUUUCAGUGCAAUCGGAAGGGGCUGGACUUCGAGACAGGUGAACUUGAGUUUGAAUCCUACCUCUGAUACUGUAUGAUCCUGGAAAAAUCUAUGAAUAUUUAUGAAACUCAUAUUUUUUUAUCUAUAUAGAGAGAACAAUAUUUGUAAGACCCAUGUGGGAAAGUUGUUAUGGGGUUCUAAUGAUUAUAUUUAUAGAAAUAUCAGUCAUGAUUAUUAUGGACUUUAAGCUUCAGUUAGCUGUGUUUUGUAACUGAAUCUUCAUUUUUUUGUUCUAUAUCAUUUCAUUGAUAAAUGAAUUUUAGCCUUUCAUUUAAUAUAUUAUUUGGUAACUGAAAUGAAGUAUUAGUCUUUUAGACACUUAUUUUUUAUUUUAAAAAUUACACUCUGAAUGGAAUGUUUUCUUUUAAUUUUUAAUUUGUAAUUUAUAUCAUUGAAAAGAAUACCCAUGUUGAUGGGGUGAAAGGUUCUAGUUUUGGCAGAUAGAUCAUAGGAACAUAGAUUCAGGGGGAUUUCCGAAGCCAUCAAAUCCAACCCCCUAAUUUUUACAGAUAAGGAAGAGGAGGCUAAAGUACCAUUAAGUGAUUUGCCCCAAAUCAAAGCAGAGUAGACAUGAGUGCAAUAUUUGAACCCAGGUCUUCUGACUUCAAGGUCAAUGAUAAUUCCAUUGGAGCAGAUAACCUCAUCCAAAUUUUAUGAAUGUCUUUUAAAUGGUCGCCACUUCUUCCUCACUGUAUGAAAUUUGAUUUGGUUACAAUGUCUUCAAUGGAUGUUCUUUGAGCAAUAGUAGCAAUCAUUUUCUGGAUGCUUGAUAAUAAUUUUAUAACAAAAAUGUAUGAAAUGACAAAGAUUUCUAUCUGUAUGACAGUAGCAUUUAUUGCUGAUCAAGGAAUUUAAACUGUAAUUUUUUGAUGUCUGUAAUUCAUCCUGGUUGAAAAAAAAACACUCAUCUCAAAGCACAAAGGUUGUGUUUUGCAAAUAAACUAUUUUCAAGAGAAAA